UGGCAAGCGCCGGGAAGGGGGGGAAGCCCAGGGUGGGCAGCCUAAGGACACCGCUUGCUUCCGAGUAGACAUGGAGGCUGGAGGUUCAGAAGGGGGUCGGCAGGUUUCCUCCUUCCCCGUUUCGGUGUGUGUGUGUGUGUGUGAGAGAGAGAGAGAGAGAGAGAGAGAGUUUCGAGGGAUUUCAAUGGGGAGCGUGUGUGUCUGUGGCGAUGGGUGACUGGCAAAGGUGAAUGUUUAGGGAGACUCUGAAGCAGGCACUUUUUUGUGUAUGGCUGUUCGCUGUGGUCAGUUGCUAAGGGCAGUGUCCUGUUUUCCAUCCUUCCACUUCAUCUCCUUUUCUCUCCCCCCCCCCUUUUCUUCUUAUUUUCAAUUUUAAAGGAAAUUAGAAAUGCCAUCUUGAAUAUACUGGGAAGGAAGAACAGGUGGGUUGGUGGGAAUCCUAACGUGGGAAUCUUUCCAUGUAAGGUUUUCUUUUCUCUCUCUCGCUUUCUGUUUUCAUACCUGCUUCACUUGGAAAGGUAAGGGAACGACUUGUACUGUAUACCUUAUAGCAUGAUCCUAUAAGUGUUGGUUGGGCCCACUGUGUUACUUCUAGCAAAGUGUAGAUAGGGUUUUUAGACUUAAUUAGUCCUAUUUGUAAAAAGGUUGCUUUUGCAGCACUAAAUGUAUGAAGUACAACAAAAAGUUUGCCAAGUACUCAUAUAAUACGUUCUAAUAUUGUUCUGUUUCUCUUUAGGGUGCAGAGAGUUUAAUGAAUUGUGCAAGCAUGAUAGCUUUGCAUCCUGUUUCCCCACAAUGAUAAUGCAACAUGCUGUCUUCUAAAAAAUACUUUAUUUGGGAGAUUUCAAAAAAUAGUUCCUCUCCUGUUAUACCUCUGCCUAUUUUUAAAUGGUAGUAUGCAUUUAUACAUCACAUACGGUAAUUAGAGAAAUAAUAUAUAUAUGAUAAUCCUGUCAGACAUAUUAUUUUUAGUAUUUUGUUCCAUAAAUCAAAUAGUACUGAUUUUUCAAAUUGAGUUAUGGAGAAUUAUGAGUACAAGUUCAUAUGCUUUCUUUCAUAUUGAUCUGUUAAGGGAAACACUAAUUUAUUAUAAUGUACAAAGAGCGAGAUCAAUGGCUAGAAAGUAAUGUGAAGAAUCUCUCGGAUACAGUCCUUUGAAUGGGCGAUGUAGCAGUGCAGUGUCAGAAAAUGACACUGCACAAUUGAUGCAAGCUGAAAAAAAAGGUUUAAGCUUGAUCCACAAAUGCAACUAUCUACACUAGUGGGUGCUCAAUAUAGAAAUGAGUUUUACAUGCAUAGGAGCGUUUAUUCAAGUUGCCACUCACAAUAACGGUUGCAUGUGUGAAUUGUCUGUUAAGAGUUGUGUGUUCCAAGUGAAUGAAGGCUGCUUACAUUUAAUAUUUCCAAUAUCUGCAGAAGCUGAUUUAUUAUCAGGACAAAGAAACUGACUAGUUUCUGCUACCCUGCCACACUUUGGAUACAUCGCAGUCCAAGCGAGAUGGAGGUUUCAAAAAUUCCUGGGGCUUUAAUUGUUCAGGCAAAAGUGAUGGAGAUGCAGAAAAAGAGUAAGGAUACCUUAAUCUAGGCUACUGAAAGUAAAAUGUGGAACGUUACAGUAAUUAGAAAACUGAGCACCCCUCCAUUUCUAAUUCUCUAAAGUGGAAGUGUUAUAGAGUGUCACUAAUUCAUACCCACAAGAGGGUCACCUUCAUGUAAGGUUUUUCUCAGGCUAGUUAUUGCCUAAAGAUAUUAUGGAUUAUUCCAGAAGCAAAUAGUAGGUUUCUUAUUUUUAAUCUUUAAUAACUAGAAUCUAGGGGAAUUAGUGCAGUUAUGGAGCUACCUAGCUCAGGUUAAAACAACUGAGUCAGGAACUUUUGAAAUGUUUAAAAUAGCAAAAGAAUUCAAUAUUUUGUUGGCACUUCUUCUAGAAUAAAAAAACCUGAAGGUCAUACUACAUGCAUGCUGUUAUGUGUCUCUUGAGAUGGCUUCCCACCCUACCCUGUCCUAUUUACCUAAACUGAAGACUACUGUCUUGCAAAUUUCUUAGUUUUGAGUCUUACAAAAAUCCUGAUUUGGAAAGUUUGUAGACAACAAAUUCUUCAUUCAAUUAUCUCCUACAACACUAUAUAUUUAUGGGAGUAUAUCAUUUUUUGAAUUUUACUGAUUGGGGAUGAGUGGUAGACUGACAUUCAGCCUCCUUGCUUAAUAGACUGGUGGAGAAGAGUUAUGGAACAACUAAUGUGAAGCCAGUCUGCUGAGUGUGGAUGAUAGUGAGGGAAGCUGCAGCCCCUCUGGUGGGAAAAAAGUGCUGCAAUUUCACUCAGGAACUACUGGUGCCAGAGGUGAUUCUAUGAGAACAUAUGCUAGACGAAGCAAAAUUGAACCUGGUGCUUUAAGAGUAACCCCAAUUGAACUCAACAUGUUGGGAAGCAGCAAGAAAUUAAGUGAAAAUGUUCAAAAUAUUCCUUGCUCUGCAGCAGUAGUACAAGCUAGACGCUGUCACCAUACUCAUGCACAAACAUCUUUAGUAAAAACAGCAGCACAAAGCAAUCUGGAUCGAAAGGAAAGAAAAGAAUAUCCUCCUAACAUCCAGAAGAUAGAAAAUGACUAUGAUAGGUUGUCUCAGCUUCAGGCGAUGCAAAGUGUGAUGGAGAACAGAGGAGAGUCUGAGUCAGAGUCAGAUUCAGGAAUUACGAGGAAGGUACAACUGAAACGUCACUGCACUUUGUAUCAGGCCGGUUUGCUUCCAUCUCCUGCUACCAAAAAAUGUGCAACUCACCUAGAGGGCUUGGAACAGAAUACUUACUCCACCGUUUGCCUAUGCAUAGGAAAACCAAAUGAAAGUCAAAUCAAAUGCCAAAUGUGUGGAAAUUUUUCUAAUGGGGGCUUGCAAAGGCAGUCCAUGCAAAGUGUUCAAUUAAAUGAUUCUUUGGGACCUUUAGCACGAGAACCAAUACAUGAGAAUUCAACAGGGCAAAAAUCUUUAAACACAGGACUAAAUACAAAGAAGUUUUAUGGAUCUUCUCCUGGGGCAUCUUCUCCUGGGGCAGUUUCAGUUGAUUUCACGGUGAGGCGUAACAUCGGUUCUACUAUGUUGCGGCUGAAUGGAAAAGUCAGUUCUAAAAUUACAGGAAACUUAAGGCAGAAGAAUACAACUGCAUCUGAUCUAAAUGAUCCAAUUGUCCUAUCCAGUGAUGACGAAGAGGAGGAGGAGAUUGGCAGCACUAAUAGAAUUGAGAGCAUAUCGCCACGUCCAGCAGAUUCAGCCUGCUCUUCUCCUGCACCUUCCACAGGAAAGGUGGAGGCAGCCUUGAAGGAAAACACUUGUGAACUAGAACAAAGGUUAACUAGUAUUACAGCAGACACAGAACCUGCAGUCAUAAUACCAAGAAAAUCAAGAAUGAAAGACCAGUUUGGCAAUGUUGUAGCCAAUGCUCCAGUAAAACGUCGCAAAGUCCUCUCCCAAGAACUUGCUACUGACGUCGUUGUAUCCUUAAAAUAUCAGAAUAAUUAUGAAAGCGUCAUCCUAAACUGUCGAAGCAUAAGAAUAGGAACCCUGCGAAGAAUGGUGGUGGAGCCUGUAAUUUUUUGCCUAGACUAUAUUAAGAUACGUCUGGAAGAAUCAGAAAACGAUACUAGAGAUAUUUCUUUAAGAACAUCUGACCUUACAAAGUGUGAGUGGUGUGGUGUUCGCAAGUUGCCAGUAGUUUUCCUGCAAACUAUACCUGCUGCCUGUCAGAGCCUGAGAUCCCAACUGAACAUGAACAAACAAAAAGAUAAUGUCUGGUAUGACUGUAAAGGUGCAAAUCCUGAAGAACAAUACAUCAUUUUAAUUUUUGAGACGGGCCUUGAUCCACAUGCAAAUGCAAUAUUCGAAAAAAUAAUCAUUGAUAUUGGUGUUAGGAACAACAUUUCUGAUUUUUUUGUGAAGAUUACAUUUGAAGAAGCAAAUAGUAGGCUUGUGGCCUUUACAAAAUCCUUUGAAGACACUAGAGGAAGCACGGCUCAUAAAGAAGGCAAAGCAAAACAUGUCUCUGAAUCCAAGAUGCAGCUGCGGAAUGCAACACAGUUCCAGUUUUUUGAUGAUGAUGAAAGUGUUGAACCACAUACAGUCUUUAUAGGUCCUAUAGAAAAGUUGAUCGUUUAUCCCCCACCUCCUGCAAAGGGUGGUAUUUCUGUGACCAAUGAAGAUCUUCAUUGCUUAAAUGAAGGAGAAUUUUUAAACGAUGUAAUCAUUGAUUUCUAUUUGAAAUAUCUGGUGCUUGAACAAUUGAAAAAAGAAGAUGCUGAUAGAAUUCAUGUAUUCAGUUCCUUCUUUUACAAACGCCUUAAUCAGAGGGAGAGGAGAAAUCUCCAAGAAACCUCAAAACUUACAAUUCAGCAGAAACGGCAUGGACGAGUGAAAACAUGGACACGGCAUGUUGAUAUCUUUGAAAAAGAUUUUAUUUUUGUUCCUCUUAAUGAAGCGGCCCAUUGGUUUUUGGCUGUCAUCUGUUUCCCUGGUUUAGAAAAAGCAAUAUAUGAGACCAAUCCGUACUACCACGAAAAUGUAUCUAUGCAGGUUAAAUCGCCCUCUUUGGAUCAAGAAAGAAGCACUUCUUCUCCUGUACCUAGUGAAUCGAAUACGUUACAUCACUCCCCUUCUGCAUCUUUUACAAAGAAGGUGCUGAACAAGAAACAUAUUGCAGCAUUAACUGACACAAGCAUAGAAGCCGGGGAGACUGAAUCACAGUAUUUCAAAAGAACCCCUUCUAUGAAAAGUGGCUUUAAAAAACUCAAUCAGUUAAACAGCACCACAGAAGGUCUGAGAACUGUGGAAUCUGUGUUUCAUAAACAUGACCAUAGGAUUUCAGAGGCAAAUGGCAUGCAGAAUGAAGAUAAAAUUCACGUCCAGGCUACGGAUGGUUUACAGAAAAUUAGACUAAGCUACAGUGAAGAUUCAACUGACAGCACUAAACUAAAUGAAGAUGAACUAAUAGAUUUUUCAGAAGAUCAAGAUAACCAGGACAACAGCAGUGAUGAUGAUGGUCUUGCGGAUGAUCAUUGUAAUUCAGAAUUAGGACAAUGGCACCUGAAGCCAACUAUAUGUAAACAGCCUUGCAUUCUGCUCAUGGAUUCAUUGCGAGGGCCUUCCCGAUCAAACGUCGUUAGAACACUACGGGAGUACUUGGAGGUGGAGUGGGAAGUCAGGAAAGGCACUAAAAGAAGUUUCUCCAAAGAUGUUAUGAAAGGCUCAAACCCUAAAGUGCCACAGCAGAACAACUUUAGUGAUUGUGGAGUUUAUGUGCUACAGUAUGUGGAGAGCUUUUUUGAGACUCCUAUUGUAAGUUUUGAACUACCAAUGAAUUUAACAGACUGGUUUCCUCGCCCAAGAAUGAAAACAAAACGAGAAGAAAUACGAAACAUAAUCCUGAAUCUGCAGGAACAGCAGAACAAAGAAAAGAAGGGACAGAAGGACACUAAUUUGGCAGAGAAAUCUUUUCAGGAAGGAAUAGAACAAUUUAUCAGCAGCUGUUCAGACUGAAUAUUUUCUGUUGCAUGUUAUGGCUACAUUAAAAAAAACACACCACACAAUCUUGAAAUUUACCAUAUCCUCAUUGCCCAAACUAAGGACUUGGAGUACUAUCAACCGAAACUUACUGUUGAUGCUUAUAAAUGUAUGUCAUUAAUUAAACAGAUUCCCUGCAAUAUAUUAACUAGACAAAUCUGUACAUAUGUUAAUUAGUCCAACCUUUUUCAAUAUUUGUAAUUAAGUUUUUCACUACAUAGAAAACCUUUUGUUAUGUAUUUCUGUUAAUAGAACUUAAUAGAAACUUCUAGACACAAAGCAAAUAAAGAAGAUAUUUAUAGGAUGAAUUGGUUAACUUUUUCUGUGUUUAAGUAAAGUUGUCAUUGAACAUUUCCCAGUAAGACUUCUGUAAUGCACGGGGAAUACUUAUGUAGCAAGGUGAUCAAACCCAUACUUUGAUUUACAGUUGCCAUAUACAAGGUGUCUGCUUCAGCUAUGUACAACGAUAUAAGAAUGUGUCUAAAUGCAUUGUGUUUCCAAGGUGAGUUGUUUGCACUUUGAAUCCGAGUGCCAGGCAGUGUAAUCUUUAGUAAAGGACACUUCAGAUAAUGAAAGAAGGAACUUCACAAGUGCUUGGGAUAAUGCUGCUUUAUGACCACAAGUUUACUCAAGCAGUCUUUAAUACAGUCUGAAACGGAGCUUAAGUAAUACUGUUGAUCCUUUUUUGGGGGGUGGCUCCUGAUCGUUGCUCAACUGUAUUUUGACAAUUCUUUCAUUAUAAAAUUGUAUUUUUUGUAAGUGUGCUUGGAAAUAGCAGCAAAUUGUCCACAUUACAUUUUCUGUGUCAGAAUUCUGAAUGUGCAUUCAUAUGUGCUUUAUCUAUCUGAUGGAACAUUUCUUAAAUGUACGAGUACUAUUUUUUUGUAUUGUCCAGAAAACCAAAAUAUUGCUAGAUGUCAUUGCUUGCUUGCUUGCUUCCUUCCCCCCCUCAAUUUUAAGUUGAGUUAUCUUCCAAUACUGAGACAACUUGUUGGCAUAUUUCCAUGAUGUAAUUUGAUUUUUAAAUUACGUUUCAAGAAGUACAGCCUUAUGAUGCCAGCUUUUCUAUAAAGUCCAAAAGAAAUCAAGUCUCUUCCAUAACUCCUUAAAUAUUCAUAAGGUAUUGAUAUUGAAAACUGGGGAAUAGACACUCCUUUGCAGAUACGUUUUGGUGUAACAAUGCUUUGUCCAAAAGAGACUUUGAAUGGGAGGUGAUAUACUGUCGGAAUAUACUGAGUUUUAGACCAUCAUGACUCCGUAUGUCCUUUUAACCUGUAUACACAGGAUUUUUUACUUUUGCAUUAGUUCUUGAUUUUUACAGCGGUGUAACCCGCUCAGUACUCCUUUUUGUUUUUGUUUUUACAUGCAGCUAGUUCUGAUAUUACUUUGUCCAAAGAGGAAGACCAAGGCAGUACUGUUUGGAGCUGUAGUGCAGCACACAAAAUUGCUUCUAUCUAAUUGGCUUCAGUUUAAGGAGCCAUGCUUUAGGAUUGCAGCCUUACGUUUUUCAUACUUUCCCAAUAUUUGCCGUCGUCAGACCAGCUGUAGAGCCCUAAUGGCAUUGUCAGUGUUACACUCGAGAAAUAUAUAGUGAUAAUUUGUGACUCUGAAGAAACAACUCUUGGGAUUAGAUAUAAAAGCGCACAAGUGACACUAAUGAUCCAGCAUUUAUGCCUCAAAAUUGAGAAUUACUAGUCAUUUUUUAAAAAGCUAGGUAGAGUAAAACCUAAAAAGGAUUGGCAACAAAUGUAAACAUUUGUUGGUGUGGCAAAAUAAUAAUAAUAAUAGUACUUCUUGAACAAGUUAUAUUAGAAGAGUAGACUUAGCAAAAUGCAUACCAGCCUGGGCAAGGUUUUUUGUUGAAAUGAUUUUUUUUAUAAUAAAAAAAACAGGUUGUGGUAUAGUUUAGUUCUGAUUACAUGGUUCUGUUUUUCAGAAUGUCCUGGAGCUUGUAUUCCUUUUCGAGAUGUGAAGAAUGCAAUGUUUCUCUUAAUAUUAUGGUAAUGGAUCAGUCAUGCAGCAACCUGAUACACAUGUUGAUAUAGGAAAUUUAUUUUUUUAAUAAAAUGGUCAAAAACAA